AUGCAAGUUCACUCCAAGAUCGCGGCCGCCUCGGCCCUCAUUGCUGCCGUCAAGGCGCAGUCAGCUUGCACACUGACCACUGAGACUCACCCUUCUAUGAGCUGGUCCAACUGUGACGCUUCGGGCUCUUGCACAACCACCGCUGGUUCCGUGACCGUCGAUGCCAACUGGCGAUGGACGCACACAGUCGAUGGCUCGACCAACUGCUACAGCGGCAACGAGUGGGACGCUGCCCUCUGCCCUGACGCCGAGACAUGCACUGCCAACUGCUGCUUGGACGGUGCCGAGUACUCGAAUACCUAUGGUGUCACCACGAGCGGUAAUGCUAUGAGCCUCACUUUUGUUACCGAUGGCCAGUACAGCACCAACAUUGGUAGCCGUCUCUACCUCAUGGCAGACGAUUCAACUUACCAGGGCUUUACUCUUCUUGGAAAUGAGUUUACUUUUGAUGUUGACGUCUCCAAGCUCGGAUGCGGCUUGAACGGUGCCGUCUACUUUGUGUCCAUGGACUUGGACGGUGGUUCCAGCGCUUUCCCAUCCAACACUGCUGGUGCCAAGUACGGAACUGGUUACUGUGACUCGCAGUGCCCCAGUGAUGUCAAGUUCAUUGACGGAGUUGCCAACUCUGAUGGCUGGGAACCUUCAUCCAACGACGAAAACGCCGGAACUGGUUCCAAGGGUGCUUGCUGUGCUGAGAUGGAUAUCUGGGAGGCCAACAGCAUCUCGACUGCCUACACUCCCCACCCCUGCACCAACAGCGCCUACCACUCGUGCGAGGGCGACGCCUGCGGUGGAACCUACUCCUCCGACCGAUACGCCGGUGACUGCGACCCUGAUGGCUGCGACUUCAACAGCUACCGCCAGGGCAACGAGACCUUUUACGGUCCCGGCUCGAGCUUCACCCUCGACACGACCCAGAAGCUCACCAUUGUCACCCAGUUCCUGACUGACGACUCUGGUUCCCUGAGCGAGAUCAAGCGCUUCUACGUCCAGGACGGCGUCGUCAUCCCCAACUCCGAGUCGAGCAUCGGUGGCGUCACCGGAAACUCCAUCACCACCGACUACUGUACUGCUCAGAAGACGGCCUUUGGCGACCAGGACAUUUUCGCCAAGCGCGGUGGACUGGCCCAGAUGGGUGCCGCCCUCGCCGAGCCCAUGGUCCUGGUCAUGUCUCUCUGGGACGACCACGCCGCCAACAUGCUCUGGCUCGACUCUACCUACCCCGUUGACUCCACCGCCGACGGUGCUGCUCGUGGUACCUGCGCCACCACCUCGGGUGUCCCCAGCGAUGUCGAGGCCAACCAGGCCUCUUCGACCGUCACCUACUCCAACAUCAAGUUUGGCCCCAUUGGCUCGACUUUUGCGAGGUGA